AUGGCACUGGACAACACCGGCUUCUCAUCGUGCGCCGAAUCCCUGUCCCUCCCAGUUCCAGAGAAAGGGGAGGAGCCUGUGGAGGAGGCCCCAAAGGAUGCUCCGCCCACCAAUGUACAGAACGUAUUCGAGGAGCUGGGGCAUGUCGUAACCACGGAGACAGCCCCGCCCACACAGCAACAGGCCAAUAACAGCAUGUCCUUCCAGGAUAAGAUGGCAGCGAGGGAGGCACAAGCCAAUCAGCCAUUCAAGAAGAAAAUUCAAGGGGCAGUGCAAGAGAGGGGCAGGUUUGGAUGGGGACGCAACAAGCGUAAAAGACAGCGCUAUGUGGAGAAAAACGGCCGUUGUAAUGUGCAGCAUGGUAACAUGCGUAAGACAUACCGUUACCUGACGGAUAUCUUCACCACACUGGUGGAUCUGAACUGGCGUUGCUCUCUGCUGGUCUUUGUCAUGGCGUAUGCAGUCACCUGGCUCUUCUUUGGAGCAAUAUGGUAUCUCAUUGCAUACUGCAGGGGUGAUCUGGAUCAUUUGGAGGAUGAGGCGUGGACUCCAUGUGUAAAUAAUGUUAAUGGAUUCAUCUCUGCGUUUCUUUUCUCCAUUGAAACGGAGACGACCAUUGGCUACGGUCACCGUGUCAUCACUGACCAGUGCCCAGUGGGCACCAUGUUACUCCUGCUACAGGCCAUACUGGGAUCUAUGGUCAAUGCAUUCAUGGUUGGUUGUAUGUUUGUGAAGAUCUCCCAGCCGAAUAAGCGUGCGGAGACCUUGGUGUUUUCUCGUAAUGCUGUCAUCUCAUUGCGGGAUGACAAGCUCUGUUUGAUGUUCCGCGUCGGGGACUUGAGAUCCUCCCACAUUGUGGGCGCCAACAUGAGAGCCAAACUUAUCAAAUCCAAACAGACACAGGAGGGUGAGUUUAUUCCGCUGGAUCAGACUGAUAUCAGUGUUGGUUUUGAGACAGGGGAUGAUCGUCUCUUCCUGGUGUCUCCGUUAGUGAUCUCUCACGAGAUCGAUGUCCGCUCUCCGUUCUGGGACAUGUCACAAUCUCAGCUGGAGAAAGAGGACUUUGAGGUUGUGGUCAUCUUGGAGGGGAUGGUGGAAGCUACAGGAAUGACCUGUCAGGCACGGAGCUCUUACCUGGCUGAAGAACUGUUAUGGGGUCACAGGUUUAGUCCCAUGAUGACGCUGGCUGAGGGAUUCUUUGACGUGGAUUAUGGGGCUUUUCACCACACUUUUGAGGUGGACACGCCCUCCUGUUCUGCGAGAGCCCUGGCAUUGGCUGCCGCCCGUUUGGACGCUCAUCUCUAUUGGUCGAUCUCCAGUCGGCUUGAUGAAGAGAAAUGGGAGGAGCCUAAUGCGACUGAGCAAACGGGGAAGUCCACUGAUUCAGAAUCUGUCAGGGAGGGAGACAGGCCAACAUUUACUGUGGGCGGAGUUACAAAUACCCAGGACCAAUCGGUUGUAGGAGAGCAGAACGGCAGUGUGACCACUGACCAGUCAGAAUCUGAGGCUUAAAAGGAUGCAAGAAUGUAAAAAGGUACGGAAAAUGUUCGAAGGAGUCCACAGUUGAUGUAAAUUUAACUUUAGACUGGAUUGUUCAAUGAUCCAGGCCGCCUUCUUUGAGUUAUAUUUUUAAAUGUAUAGUCGCUAAUGCCUAGCAUAGAAUACUUUCCCCAAGGGGGAAAUCCUAGUGUCUCCUUGCUGUGUUUUCAGUCAGAUUAAAUCUUAACUUUUGAUGUUUCACGACAACACCAACGCCUUUGAAUUCACUAGUAGCUAUAAUUCAAACUCUAGUGGGCUGCCUCACUGUCUGCCGUCUACUUAAGUAUCAUUCUAAAUGCUAUGAAACCUGUGACGCACACAUGCGGUGUUGUCUUAAAGGGAUAGUUCACCCAAAAAAACGAAAACUCUGUCAUGAUUUACACACGCUCAUGUUGUUCUAAACCUAAAAGUUUGUUUCUUGUGCUGGACAGAAAAGAAGAUAUUUCGAAGAAUGUGAGUAAUGAAACAGUUGCUGGUCCACCUUUGACUUCAUGGUGUAGAAGUCAAUGGCUACCGGCAGCUGUUGGGUUAACCACAUUCUUCAGAAUAUCUUCUCUUGUCUUGAACAGAACAAAGAAAGGUUUGGAACAACAUAAGGGCAAGUAACCGACAGCAUUGUCAUUUUUGGGUGAACUAUGCCUUUAAAAUGAGGCUAAAACGAAAUAUCUUACAUGGUGUUUAGGUAGGCAACUCGCUAGGUAUUGAAACUGAACUGACAUGUCUGAUUGGUAUUAGUUUCAAUCAUUUGAGUAAACUUAACAGUCCUUAACGUUUCACUUCUUUUCUUUCUUAAGUGUUCAGCCAGUUCGGUUCAACCGUUACUGUUUUUAAACCAAUCUUUUAGAAGUCAGUGACAGUUGUUUACCGUCACUUUGACUAGUUUCACAUGUACCUGAAAAAGAAGUGAAUGUGUUACUAUAGCGACAUCCCAAUUUGCUACAUCACACAGCAGAGUUUAGCAUUAGUUUCUUAAGAGUCAGCCGGUGAUAAAAUUAGCACACGCUGAAGACAGCCGAACAGAGUUUAGCCUGUCAUUUGUAUCCAUGCCAUUAUGUGAGUGGAUCUAGAUGAUAAGUGGAUUAAUUGGAUUAAAAUAAGAGCGAUAUUGGAAGCUAUUAUGCCAUUGCAACUUUUCAAUAUCCUAAUUAAAUCAAUGUAGAAAUUAGCAUCAUCCUGAGAUUAAUUAGCUGUACAAACACACUGCUGUUCUUUGUAUCUCUUAUUUAUUGAAUCCAAAUGUGUUCAUAGCAACAAAUAACUCACUGCUCAGUUGCUGUCGCAGAUGAAAUAAGAGAGAGACAUUUUAAAGUGGCCAAUAAAGAGAAUUUAUAUUAAUAAGUGAAUAUUUCCAACAUAUCAACAGGCCAUUUUUGAUGUCUGGUCCAGGUCUAUUCCCAUGCUGGUUCUGCUAUGUAUAUAUAUAUAUAAACAAAAAAGUAUAUUAAUGAAGAGCAACAAUGCAGAAUAAACAGGGGUUUAAUUAAAUUCAGAAAUGUUUAAGUUAAAGGGAACAGUUGCAUUUUUUAAAGAGUUCAAUAAAAAAAAAAGAUUUUCAUAUGCUGCUCUCUAUAUUUUUCUGAUGGUCUCUCUUUAAUACCAAAAGAGUUUAACACAGAAUUGUAUAUGUAGUUCAUAAAAAUGAAGUUGUGGCUUUCAUUUAGACACUAUGAUCAGUAUUUCUAGUUCUCUUAGUUUCCUUUAGAAUAAUCUUGUUUAAUAAUUUGUUUUUGGAACAUGGAUCCCUAACACAACUUUUAAAUUAUUCACUGUAUGUUGAAGAAAGCAGAGUGAUGCUGGAUCUGUUUUACGCUGAAAACCUCAGUUUGACAUGUAAUGUAGACAGAACUCUCGUGAGCGAUGCACUGAUGUGUGUUUUUGUAGAGUAAUAUGUGUGUGGUGUGUUACAUAGAACCAUCAAUCUGGACCUCUAUUAUUAAAUGAAAGCUUUCAAUGCAUCAUUAUAAAAACUCUAUUAUAUUUAAGUACACUCACUAUUCAGAAAAGUUUGAAUAAAUCGAAGGUCCACUCAGUAAUAUUUGUUGUCUUUAUUAUUGUGUUGAAGUUCUCAGUUCUCAGUGCAGAAGUGUUUGCCGACAUGCAUGAUUAAAUUAUUAUGAAAGUUCAAAUGUUUGUGUUUUUUAAAGUCUCUUAUGCUCAUCAAGGCUGCAUUUAUUUGAUCAAA